AUGGCCGCGGCACCUAAAUCCGCAAAUCGCUUGGCAGUCCCUGCACCAGAGAAGGUAGACAUCCAGGGCGCGUCGGACAGAGCCGAGAUGAUGGUGGGCCGGGUGUGCUCGCGAGGGCGCUACCACAGGUUCGAGGAGCGAAAAUUGGAGCAGGACUACGAGGUGGACAAGAACCACGUGCUGGGGAGUGGCGCAAAUGGCCAGGUCUGGCUGGUGCGCAGCCGCCACUGCCACAAGAAGCGCGCGUUUGCCGCCAAGACCUACAGACUGAGCGGCAUCUCGGAGUUGAAGUGCAAAGAGAUCGAGACGGAAGUGGAGAUUCUCCUCACUGUGGACCAUCCAAACCUUGCUCGCAUGGUCGAUGCCUACGAGACGAAGGCAUCACUCACGCUGGUCAUGGAGCUCCUAGAAGGAGGAGAGCUCUUCGACCGCAUCCUCGCGGCAGGACACUUCACAGAGCGUGAUGCCGCAGAAGCGAUUUGGCAAAUGCUGCUGGCGAUCCGUUUCUUGGCCGGCCUUGGCAUCGUGCACAGAGACCUCAAGCUGGAAAACUGGCUGUACGAGAAGAAGGGUGGCCAGGACUUGAAGCUCAUCGACUUCGGCCUCUCGAAGUUCUGGCGCCCGGACAAGAGCAUGGAGAUGCGAGUUGGCACUCUGGAUUACAUGGCGCCCGAGGUGCUGCACAGGAACUACACCUCCAAGUGCGACUUGUGGAGUAUGGGGGUCAUUGCCUACACAUUGCUUGUGGGAAGCUUCCCCUUCUCGGGACGAGAUGGCGACACCGCCAUGCUGCAGCGGAUUGCCACAGGAAGGUUUGCCACGGAGCGCGACGCCUGGAGGGAUGCCUCCGCGUCUGCCAAGGACUUUGUGCGGAAGCUGCUGACGGUUGAGGCAGCCAGCCGCCCGGAUGCCGACCAGGCCUUGGAGCAUCCCUGGAUUGCCAAAAGGGAGUCAGUGGCUCGCAGCUACGUCAGCAAGGACAUUGUCGAUGCACUUUGUUCUUUUUCCGAGGCGUCGGCCUUUCGCCGUGCCUGUUUGCUAGUCAUGGCCAUUUCCCUCUCCAACGAGGAGCGGGCGGAGGUCCACAAAGCCUUUCUUGAGAUCGACAAGGACCACAGCGGGACGAUUACCCUCAGCGAGCUGCGCAGCGUGCUUGAGGAGAAAUUCCACAUUGAGGAUGCAGCGGUGGCCAGGACAUUCCAGUCGCUUCAAUCGCCAUUGUCUAGAGACGAGGUAAUCAACUACUCGGACUUUCUGGCGGCGAUGAUGUCGCAACGCAUCUCCAUUCAUGAUGACCUGCUGCAUGCAGCCUUCGCGCGGUUCGACACAGACAACUCGGGGUACAUCACACUCCCGAAGCUGAAGAUGCUGCUGGGAGAUUCCUUGUCCGAGGCAGAGCUGAAGCAAGUUAUGCUAGAGGCGGACAAGGACAAAGACGGCUACAUCUCCAUGAACGAGUUUGUGCAGUACUUGCAGUGUCGGCGCAGCUCUGAGCGGCAUCUAGAGGCGGCCACAUGCGCCAUCGAUCGAGAGCUUCGGCGGCCGAGCCAGAAAAUGUCUGUGCGAGAGCGCCGGCGAAGCUCCGUCAUCGUAAAGAAAAACUCCGCCAAGGAGGAGAUCUCCUGCGGCGCUGCCCUGACAAAACUCGCAGAGCUUUGCAAGCCGAUUUGUUGUUUCGGGUCCUGUGGUGUGAUGUGGUCUCAGCUGAUGGAAUCUCUCAAAUGA